AUGUUCUGCGAUGGAACUUGCUGCUUUGAAUUUGGAACUCCAGCUCGCACACAAGUCGCAGAGCCUGCUUGAAUUAUGUGAGAGGCCAUUCUCAUCAACAUCGCAGUUGUGAAGAAUGACUUCGGUGAUAUUGCAGGUGUAGUAUGUUACUGAGAAUGUCUGUGGCGAGUGUGAGCGUAAGUGACGAGUGCCGGCGCAAGUUGGAGUAGUGAGGUUGCAAGAAAGACUUGGCAAUUGGUUUCAGCGGUAGAGAAAAAGAGUUCUCUGACAUUGAAUGCAAAUGCCGUCCUUUAAUGGAGGCGAUUUUGUGCCCUACGCGAACUCGCCGGUCUCAGCGGGGGGAGACGGUGCGCCGGUGGUGCAUACGGUGCACCAUUCUAUGGCCAGUACGCCUAGGGUUCUAGUUUCCUGGGGGCCGGGAAACACUCUGCGCUUAUCAUACCUGCCGCAGGUCGUAAGAGAUGGAGAUGACGACAUGAAAAUUUCUAGCUCUCGGGAGGGUGAUGCCGCGAAUGGUCAAGUGGUGGAGGUCAAGCUGGGAAAGAAGGACGAUCAGCCGCUUGCUGAGAAGCGGGCCCUUGCUUAUUCUUCUGCUCAGGCAUUCGCGUUAUUGCAGAAUCAGAAGCAGCAAAUGCUGCAGAGUGAUGGCGGAUCAAGCCGAACGGGUACAUUUGAUUGGUGGCAAGCGGUGUUGGAGUACAGCCAAAUCAUCAGUGCCACACUUGGACCCGCUUCUGGACCUCCUGGCUCAGCUACAGACUUCUCUGGCUUCCCUACAAAGGAGCUACAAGCGAGUACCAAGCCAACAACUGUGAAGGCCAUUUGGGACCUUGUGGAAAUAUUCUAUGUUGAUAAAAAUGGUGCAUCUUGGUUGCCAGAGCGUUUGGUGGAGUGGCUGGCUAGCUACGAUGCUGUGUUAUCAAGUAAUACCUUGCAUACCAAGCUGACAAAGCUCCAGCAGAGACUAGUCAAUUUACGGUUUCCAGAAGAGGAGAAAGAGUACUGGGAUGGAGUAGCUUCUGCGCUUGCAGUUGGAUGGCUUGAUAUUGCGGUUUAUCUACUCCGAAUGCAUGGGUCUUAUCAGCAUGACCAAAUUGACAACCGCAAUGUUGAGAAUGGUUUAGUUGAAACUGUGGCAGUAUUGAUAUCAAAGAUGCCUCGUCUUCGACCAAGUUUACCCGCGGGUGCUCCUGGUCAAGCUUUUGACUUCAAACCUGAAUUUAGCAAGGCAUGGGAGAAGUGGCGGAGUCAAGUGGCGAAAUUGGAUGGAAGCACAUAUUGGGGAGAAUGUAAUAAUAUUACUACUCAAAAGGGUUUAAAGAAGCUUCUAAAAGUCUUACUUGGGAGUAUAGAGGACCUACUGCUAUCUACCACCCACUGGAUGGAGCUAUUAGUUGCUCAUUUGCUUCACGUUCAGCCAUUUUCCAAGGUGUCCGAGGGUUUAGCAGGUUAUGCUGUGAAGUGCGUGGAGUCUAAGGGAGAUUCAGGAAUGAAUGAAUCUACAUCUGCAAAUGAUCCUCUUCAGGAGCUCACGCUAGCAAUUCUAAGUGAUGACACCGAGGUGGUUGUUGCUGAGUGUACUAGGCUUUUCGAUCCUUGGUUGAUGGCACACCUGAUGGAGUUGUUAACAGCAAAGAGCAAGUAUGCCCAGUCAAUUUUAAGGGAGGAGCGGUAUGCCUUGGGUGGCAUUAGUUUGGAAGAACUCAACCGCUUGUCUUAUGCUCAAGUUCUUUGUUCUCAUCAGCUUACUUGGCAGCUCGCGCCAGUUUACCUAUCAUUUUGUCCACGGCAGGGUUUGGGCAUUCUGGAGACACUAUUGUUGAAACAGCCAGUUUCUACCAGCGACCGUUUGGCUCUCAAAGUCUUGGAGGUGUGCCGACUGUAUGACCUUGGGACGGUAGCUACAACUGUAAAUAGGAUUGUUGGGGUGCAUCAUUGGAAACAUGGACGCAAGGGUGCGGGCAUAGCCUGGUUGCAACGGGCUCAAGAUGACAGACGUCUUGCAGCAGUGGCAGAUGAACUUCUGGAAUCAGUAUCACUGGGUAUGAGUGGUUCUCAAAUGGAAACUCUUCAGGAACUUGAAGGCCUCGUUGACCUACUUGGAUCUGAGCUUCAUUCAUCUCAGGGGCUCACUUUCUUACACAGGUAUAAGGAUUUCAAGACUGGUCUUCAAAUUAUAAAAAAGUUGCGUAAACAGGAAACUGAUCAGCAGAAGAUAGCUGAACAAGGCAGACAAGCAGCUGAUUUCUUGUUACAGUUGCUGAAACCUCAAGUCACACCCCAGAGAUUCUGGCUACCACUGUUGCGAGAUGCGGUUGAGUUGUUGGAGUGGCCAGAGAUGCCGCUAUUAGGUAUUCAUGAAACGAAUCUUUUGUUGAGUAGGUUGCAAGAGCUCUCACUUGCCAAGGUCCGAGGUGAUCUGGAGGGAAUUGACCCACGUGAUCUCUCGCGCCAAUCGUUAGAGAGGAUACGGCUUGCCUUGGCAUGCAACUUAGGUCGGGCUUUAUUGCAAGAGUGACUUGCAGAAAUGACUUGAGCCUAGGGUACUGUACAUCUCAUACAUUUUGGAUAAAAAACUCAUCCAGCUGUGUUGGCCAUUGUUUCUAGUUUUUGUCUAAUUUCAAAUGGUCUUGAAUCUCCAA